AUGGGCUCCAUCCUGAGCCGCCGCAUCGCGGGCGUGGAGGACAUCGACAUCCAGGCGAACUCGGCCUAUCGCUACCCUCCGAAGUCCGGAAACUACUUUGCCUCUCACUUUUUCAUGGGAGGUGAGAAAUUCGACACCCCUCACCCUGAAGGUUACCUCUUUGGAGAGAACAUGGAUCUGAAUUUCCUGGGCAAUCGACCGGUCCAGUUUCCUUACGUCACCCCCGCCCCCCAUGAGCCGGUGAAGACACUGAGGAGCCUGGUGAACAUCCGGAAAGACUCUCUCCGACUGGUGAGGUACAAAGAUGGUGCCGACAGCCCCUCCGAGGACAGCGAGAAGCCGCGCGUCCUCUACAGCCUGGAGUUCACCUUUGAUGCCGACGCCCGCGUGGCCAUCACCAUCUACUGCCAGGCGGUGGAGGAGUUCCUGAACGGGACGGCUGUGUACAGCCCCAGGAGCCCUGCCCUGCAGUCCGAGACCGUCCACUACAAGAGAGGGGUGAGCCAGCAGUUUUCCCUGCCCUCCUUCAAGAUCGACUUCUCCGAGUGGAAGGAUGAUGAGUUGAACUUUGACCUGGACCGGGGCGUGUUUCCAGUGGUCAUCCAGGCCGUGGUAGAUGAAGGAGAUGUUGUGGAGGUGACCGGCCACGCCCACGUGCUCUUGGCUGCCUUUGAAAAGCACGUCGACGGUAGCUUCUCUGUGAAACCUUUAAAGCAGAAGCAAAUUGUGGACCGGGUCAGCUACCUGCUGCAGGAGAUCUAUGGCAUCGAGAACAAGAACAACCAGGAGACAAAGCCGUCGGACGAGGAGAACAGCGACAACAGCAACGAGUGUGUGGUGUGCCUGUCGGACCUGCGGGACACGCUGAUCCUGCCCUGCCGGCACCUGUGCCUGUGCAACUCAUGCGCCGACACGUUGCGCUACCAGGCCAGCAACUGCCCCAUCUGCCGGCUGCCUUUCCGGGCCCUCCUGCAGAUCCGGGCGGUGAGGAAGAAGCCAGGAGCCCUGUCUCCGGUCUCCUUCAGCCCUGUUCUGGCCCAGAGCAUGGACCACGAUGAGCAUUCCUGUCCCUUUAAAAAAUCAAAGGCGCACCCCGCCUCACUGGCCAGCAAGAAACCUAAAAGGGAAACAAGCUCUGACAGCAUCCCACCCGGCUAUGAGCCCAUCUCCCUGCUUGAGGCGCUCAACGGCCUUCGGGCCAUCUCCCCGGCCGUCCCUUCAGCCCCCCUUUACGAAGAGAUCACCUACUCAGGCGUCUCAGAUGGCCUGUCCCAGGCCGGUUGUCCCCUUGCUGGGAUCGACCGAAUCCUGGAAAGCAGCCACCAGAAGGGCAAGCCGAGGAGCAAAUCCCCCGACAGCACCCUGCGGUCUCCGUCGUCUCCCAUCCACGAGGAGGAUGAGGAGAAGCUCUCCCAGGACUCGGAUGCCCCUCCCCCGCUGAGUGGGGCGGGGCUGGCGCUAAGCAGCUCCCCCGAGAGCUUUGUGACGGAGGACGUGGACGAGGCGUCGGCACUAAAGCAAGGGAGCCGAGUGCCAUCCAUCGAGAACGUCCUGCAGGACGGCAGCCCUGAGCCCUGCAGCCGCGGCCAGCCCCGCCUGCCGGCCGAUAUCUACCUGCCAGCCCCUGUUCGGGUGCCCAGCAGCAGGGCCUCUGCCCCAGGGAGCUACAAGCAGAAAAUUACCUGCGUGCCCCGGGCCUGA